AUUGUUACAUUUUAUUGUUACAGUUCUCACGCAUAGCAAUAGCAACCAGCCUCAUGGAAAUGACCAAAAUCUCUUCUCCUACCAGCAGAAUGUCAUGAUGGUUCUGAGUAAGAGGGUGAUGAACUCACUCCAGGAGUGACUGUAAAAAGGACAUCCCAAGUGCUCUAUAUUGAUUGUCCAUCCACGGUUUCUGUAAAGGCUAAUGACCUUUCUUGGACUUGCAAACUCAGGGAAUUUACUAGUGACCAGCGAUUGCAGGGUGGGCUUGGCAUCUGCAGAACUGCUGCUCAGUACAGUCUCCCCAACAAUGAGAUUCUGAGGUCAGAAUUUUUCUAGUUGGGUUGAUGAUGCUUGAAGCAGAAGAGAAUCUAGCUCUUCUAUGGAUAAAAAGCUGCAAGGUUGAUGAAUGCAAACUGAUUUUUGCCAGUCAACUAAGAAGAUACGAUUCAUUUAAAAAAACACAUGGACAGCAGAGAGGUGUUUGUUUAUAAUCAGAUUCCAUACUUGAAGAUAUGACAUUUGCAGAAGCAAGAAAAUUACUAGCAAAGAGUCCUCCUAAGCCGAAAUGGAAAAGCAGUGCAACAAGCAGACACAUAAAGGGGUGGCAUGUGGCCUAAUAAGAGGGUACUUUCUUGCUUUUGUUUUAUUGCAAUGUUAUGAAAUGGGAAUUUUCAUGUUGCAAUUACUGCAAAGAAGCCUUUUUGGUUAAUAAUAAUACAUUUGUCUUGCUGGAGAUGUCUUCCUUCCUUUGUUGUUUUUGCAGGUAUGUUAUUUAUCUAGGUUCUUUUUUUGAUGCCCUCACUGUGAGCAUUUGAGCAUCUCAAAGAAGAAUGAUGUCAAUGAUGCCUCAUUAUUACUUACCUAUGGGAAAGAGUCAGGCAGGGGAGGGGUCUUUUAACUAUUACAUUUAGAAAAGUGGGAAGUGGCAGAAGGCUGCAAUUGCAGAAGAGCUUGGGACAACAAAUGGGUUUGCCUUUUAGCUCUUAACAAAUUGAGAUUGGUGGUGUUUCUUAUUCCAGCUGAUAAUGAGUACUGUAGUUUGGGUCCAGCUGCUGUGAAGUUCUGUCUUCAGUUCUGUCUGUAAUGAGCCUCCCCCACUGUGCCGGUGAAAUGGAGCUGGAGCUGUCGUGGGAAGUUUUGGUGGCACAGGGAAAGAUGUCCUUCAGGACCCAUUCCAGGCAAGACUGAAAACCAGGAGAGCAACCUUGAACUGGACUUAGUCCAGCAGGGAGCCAGUGCAGGGACAAGCAAAUCAGGGUAACGUGUUCCCAGCAACCUUUGCUGCUGAGCAGAAGAGCUGCUGUAUUUUGAAUUCCCGACACCUUUGUCAUGACUUGGGGCUUGCUUAAUUCCUAAGUAUAGAGAACUGCAGUAGCUGGGCCUAGGUGUUACAAAGAUGUAGAUCAUAUGGCCAGAUCUGAGUCCAGUAGGAGUGGGUGUGCCCCUCUGGCCAGCAGCAGAUGGAAGUGGGUGUAUUUCAUCAGUGUGUGUGUUGUUGCACAGGCUCAGUGCAGAGACUCGGAGGACCUCAACCAGACCACAGCAACAAUCUGAUGGCAGAUGCCUUUGAUAAAUGGAGCUGUUAUAGAAUGAGGGAGUUUCUUCUCCCCCACCAGUAUUGCUACAGUUUUGUCUGGGCUCAUCUUCAGCCAGCCACUCUUCAUCCAGGUGCUAAUCUCAGCUAGGCAAUGAGAAAGCUGGGUGACAGGGUUAUCGCUGUUUGAUGUAAAGGAUGCACUGAGCUGGGUGUCAUCUGGGUUCGUCUGGCAUUCCAGCUCGUGGUCGCCCACUAACUGCCACAGUGGCUUCUUAGGGAGGUUGAUAGGAGGGGGAUUUAGCCUUGUGCAGCCUCUCACAUGUGAGUCUUCUAGGGAGAGGUGCAAUUGCCCAUAGUGACCCUGAGAAGAGGAGGAGCUGCCGCCUAGGUUGGCAAAAACCCUGGCGCCACUCCUGUGCAGGACAGGAAAGUUUAAUGAUCAACAGUAUCAAAUGCUGCAUCGGAGUCCACCAGGAGGAGUAUAGAUGGUCUUCCCUGCAUCCCACAACCCGUUUAGUUUAACAAAGAGAAGAAUACGGGGUGACUGGAUCACAGUCUAAACCCAUUUAAAGAGACAUGGAUCUUGAAAGAAUCAUUCGAGACUCUCUGACAUGCUUCAUCCAGUCCCACAUCCCUGAUGCCGAUCUCAGUGGGAUGGAUGAAGUCUUCUUCUCCUAUAUCGCUAGUGUUCUGGAAGAACUAGGCUCACCAGAGUCGUCCGAGGAGAACUUUGAUAUGGACACCUUUGUGGAAAUGAUGGAGGCGUAUAUCCCUGGCUUUGCAGAAAUCAACAGUGGGAACAUUUGUGAAAUGAUGUUUGCCCUCUCGGAAAGGCUCAGCGAAGCUCGCAACAAAGGAAAGGUUUGUCAAAAGGCUGUGGAGAGCGUGAGCAGAGCCCCUGCUGAAGAGCUGAACCAGAGCGAUGAGCAGGGGGCAGGAGCUUCUGAUGAGAGGAGGCUGCAUAUACCAGCAGAGGGAGCUGUAGCUCAGGGAGCAGAAGGUGACCUGAAGGAUGGGGUGGAGCUGCUCCUGGAGAUGUUCCCAGCCUGCACCCUCAGCCAGGCUCAGAAGGCACUGGCCAUGGUGCUGGGAAACCUGGAAGAGGCGGUGCAGUUACUGGUGGAGGAGAAGGUGGAACCUGGCCCAGUGGGCGCUAACAUGAAGGAGACUGCAAGGCCCCGCCGAGCACCCAAACAAGAGGACCUCAAACGAUUUAUCUUACAGAAAUACAUGAUGGUGGACAGCGAGGAGGACCAGAAAACACACAGGCCGGUGCCACCAAAGGAGGCUCCCAAGAAACUGAUCCGCUACAUUGACAACCAGGUGGUGAGUACAAAGGGAGAAAGAUACAAAGACAUUAAGAAGCCAGAGAGUGAGGAGAUGAAGAGAACUUACAUCAGCCUCAAGCCAGCCAAGAAAUACAAAUUCCACUGAUGACGAUCCCUUGGAGGGAACGUCCCUCUACCCUGCUGCCUGAGGCAUGGAGGGACAGCCCUGGGGCAGGAAGGGUGAGAGGGGCCUUCUACACUCCUCUAACUGGAACUAACCUACCACUGGGAGCCAGCAUGCUGCUGUCAGCCUGUAAUUAUAGCAUGAUGCCAUGGAGGAGCCUGUUCAGCAACGCUGUUUGUGUAACCCUCCAAAUUGUCCCUCUGCAGCCAGGAGCCAGCUGUCGCUAUGGCAAAUUUGACCAACCCGGCUGCUGUGUGUCCUGGACCUCUCUGCCAUUCCUUGCAUGGGGAUUUUUUAUAGCUAAUGUGUGGCUAGUGCAGUUGACAGCCGUCUUUUUAAAUGUGUGUGCAAUGGUGUUGAUUGUGACUGUUAGUAAAGAUGGUGUGAAUCAGUGUGGAA